AUGGUGAUUCCUUUUUGUAUAGUUGACGAGGGAGGAAACUGGAGCAAGAAGUCUAUCUAUGCUAAUCUCUAUAGGUCCAUUCGAGCUGGAAAACUAUUAAGGAUUGGGAGGGGCUCCCACCACAACCUCAGUUGCUCCCCCAUCGCCGGCAACCGCCACCCGCCACCCGCCACCCGCCACCAUCGGCUCCCACCACAACCCCAGCUGCUCCCCCAUCGCCGGCAACUGCCACCAGAACCGGCUUCUGGCACCCCGACGCUGUCCCGGACAAAGGUUAUGGUUGGAAGAUUGGGAGGGCAGGGCAGCUUGAUUACAUAUGGCUGCGAACUUAAAAGCAAAAGAACGGGAGAGCUUACAAGAUUUAUGGGCUAGAACUAUGGGACCAAUAGCUUUGCAAAGACUAGUGGAGACUCGAAAAGGCAGUGAAAGAGAUUGAAGCUAUUCAAGUGAAUCGAAGGCCAAGAAAAAUGAUCAAUUUGUUGUAGUUUGGAAUAUCACUAUGUACUAAGCUUUGUAAUAUCAAGUUGUAGUAUUGCAAAACCUAACUUCGUAUGUAAUUAAUAAUUGUGAUGAGAAUGGCUCGGUGUGGGUUUGAAAUUUAUUGUAUUAUGGUUUUCGUUGUGAAAUGAUAAUUUGGCAAUAGAUUUUGGCUA